GCUGAAAGUUGUUUGCGCGUCGACGCGUUUGGAGGGCGCUGUCCGUGCGUCUUAUCUCUGGACUAGGGGUCUUCUACUCGACUAACAGGUUAAGCUCAGGGGUCGCUCCUGUUUUUACCUUCCUUUUAACACUACAGGGCAGCAGGACUGGGGACCAUCACUCUCACAGCACAUCUUCCGCGGUCCUUCAACGCCUGGACGUCUAUAAUAUACAGCAAAUGGCAGGCACGCUGAGGUCCUGGACGGCACUCGCGGCUCUCUUGCUUUGCGUCAUUGCCUGUUUGAGCAGCCUCGCGGACGCUUACCCGCCAAAACCCGAACUUCCGCAGGGACAAGUAGGGCCCGAGGACAUGGCCAAGUACCAGGCCGACCUGCGGCACUACAUCAACCUUAUCACCAGGCAGAGAUAUGGGAAGAGAGCACAUAGUGAGGCAGCUAUGGCUGAGCUGCUGUUUGGUGACGACGAGCAGGACGUAAAACCACGCACUGAUGAUCGUUUGGUCUGGUAAUCACCUCCUUGCACGUCCUGCGUCUGGAUGUCUGCUGCACUAGUAUUCAUCUUCUCCACCUUAUCACCCACCCAUCCUCAAUGAAUGAAUAUAUUGAGUGACCAACACAGCAUGUACUAGCAAUGUUUCUUCCCUAAAGCCCCCCUCACCACAACAUGUAGAUCUCGCUCUCUCUCCCCCUCACUCUCUCUCUAUCUAGUUAUCUAUCUCUCUCUCUCUCCAAAGGUUUUCUGAGAAGUAACAAUUGUAAAUAAUUUGUUACAAUUGAAAUGAAUAAAUAAUGACUAGAUGUUGAA